UACGCGCCAGAUAAAAGAAAAAAAAAAAACAUGAACAUGGCGUCGUCCAGCAAGAACGACAGCAAACAACUUAGUGAAGAACAAAUGAUUAACCGUUGGACUUUCGAUUUUUACGUUUUUAAAGCUUUCGAGGCGUUUCGAAAUGAAGAUUAUGAUAGUUUCAUCAAGUUCAGGGACCUUAUCGAAAAGUUGGUGGUCAGACCCAUCGAUGGACACGCUGACAUGACCAUCAAACUGCGAUUCAUGCAGUUUCUUUCACGGAUCAACGAUGGAGACAAACUUGAUGUUACAUUUGAAAAGCCCCUAACGCCUCUAGAAUCAGCACUGAGCGUGUUGGACUCUAUUUGUACAGAAAUAGAUAUUGCACAAGAGAUACUUGAGCAAGUGUACACCUCAAUCAGGGAAAUGCUUAUUGUUGUUUGCAUAAAGAGCAAACAGUUUGAAAAAGCUCAGGAGAUGUUGAUUAAACACUUUCCCAAAGGAAUGCGUUCAGCAGGCAAGAAAAAGCUGUAUGUAGAUCUGAUGAAAAGACGAUGCAGCACACAUUCAGUUCUGAACGUGAUCUCGUACAGUGAAUUCAAACAGGACAUGCUGGACUUCAUCGACAAACUCCACCACAUUCCAGAGCCUUUCCUUGUCAAGAUGGUCAAACUCUCGAGACAAGGAAGGACAUUAGGUGUUGGGGCAGCACCUAAGCCUCAAGCUGUGAAGACUACCAACGUGCAGUCACGAACACAAGACAGAGCGAACAGUGAACAUACGGUUCUCCUGCACCAUUCUCCAUCCAAUUUGCAACGGAGCACACCAAAUACAAAUAACCUAAGUGGAGCUUUUUCCCCUACUCUUUUGGUAACAAUGCACCUGACCCACAGCAAGCUUAAGGCCGUCUAUCCCAGGCUUGCUGAGCACUUUUCUGUCUCUGUACCCUUCACUCAGCUGGAGGAUGAGGUGGAGUGUGAGGCACAGCAGGAGAAUGAAAUCGAUCAGAACAUGGAACUUCAUCUCAAACUCUCAGAGACUCCAGUGGAGGAGUGUUUGGAAGAAAGGGAGCAGAAUUUGUCUGUGUGUGAGAAAAGACCGCUCCAUGACAGUUUGCAGUCACAGCAACGGUCUGUGGAGCACUGCACUUGUGUGCAGUCUGAUGCUAGGAGUCAAACUAAAGUGACCCUGAAACACUGCACAAACCAACAUGUGGAACAGGAACAAGAAAGUUCAGAGAACACACCUUCACUAGUAGAUACACGUGUCCAUCUAUCUGACCUGUCUGCUGAGAAAGGCUUGCAACAGCCUGCUGGUGUUGUGUCUACAGUGAGUGUAGCACAGUUAGUAAUGGAAGAGGACAGUCUGCUGAGUGAACAAGAAGAAUCUGAUUCUCAACAGACUCCUAGUCCACUGCAAGUACACGCUAACGAAGAGGAUCCACUCAGCUCGCUGUCUGUCAGCUCUACACCAGUCCGGAAAUACCGUAGACCAGCUCCUCGCAGGAAGAAUAUUUGCAGUGAGCCAGAGCCUGUUUCCCCCAAGCAGCUUGACAAGUCUCAGAACUGUUCCACCUCCAGUGGAAUGGAAAACAGCCCUCCUCCUGCUAAACACACACCUAAUAAGGAAAGUCAGAAACGAGCAACAAAGAGGCCACACACACGGAGCAAAGGACAAAGUGAAAAAAGUGUAGAAAGCAUUGUAAUAGAGUCUCCACCAUCAGCAAAUCAGCCUGUACCCUCCAUUAAACGGAAGUCUUGGAAGGGUGCCUCUGGAAACCAGGAGGAGUGGAGUGAUGAGGAGUCGCUGUUCCGCGUAUCCACUAAAACAUAUAAAGGUCAAAACUCAAAGCUCAGCUGUUCCAAAAGGAAGAUGUGGACCGAUGAAGAGUCGGACUGGCUGAAGCAAGGUGUGGCUCGUUAUGGAGAAGGACGCUGGGAAAGGAUUAGGGGUGUGUUCCCUUUUAAAGAUCGAACAGGAGUCAAUCUUAAAGACCGCUGGCGCACCAUGAAAAAAUUAAAAAUUGUAUAGAAUUGUAUACAAGACAUGCAAAUAAAAAUUAUAUUUUUGUACAUACUCACUGUCUACUUUAUUAAUAUCACCUGUUACACUUUCUCACUGAUGUACUUAUGUAAUCAGCCAGUCACUUGACACCUCCGUGAAGUUGGCACCCCAUAUGUUAAGAGUGAAUAAAAGUAUUUUGAUUUUUUGCAUGCAAAAUAAUUUUUGUUCAAACAGUUUUAGAGAAAUUAACCAUUAAAUAUUUUAACGAUGAGUUAAUGACCCAGGACUAUAUUAACACGCAAAUGACUCCAAAUGUGCCUAAUUCGUUUAAGCAUUGUGUAUGCAAAAAAAAAGUGCUUCAUUAUUUAAGUUAUUAAGCUUAUUUGCUUAGUGUGUCAACACCCCAGUACUUAAACACAUUUAUUUUGUGUGCAGAUGUUUGGACCAUUUGGGUGUUAAUGGCGUGCUGGGUCAUUAAAACAUUUAACAGUUAAUUUCUCUAAAACUGUUUGAGCAUACAUUUGUUUUGUGUACACAAACAAUGCACAAAUGAAUCAAAAUAGUUUAUUCACAUUCUCAUAUGGGGUGGCACAGAGGUGUUAUGUGACAGCAGCACAAUGCAUAAAAUCCUGCAGAUACAGGUCAGGGUACUGAUAUUUGAAGUGAACAUUAAAGACCUUGACUAUUCUGCAUGAUUUCAUGUGUUGUACUGCUGCUACAACGUGUACAGGUGUUCCUAAUAAAGUGGGCAGUGAGUGGAUAUCCCGGAAGGUGUUUUGAAAUUUAAGGAGCUUUAAAUUGACAGCUCAUUUAUGUUAAUGCACAUGUAAAGAUGUUUAUUUUUGAAUCCUUAUGAACAACGAGGUUGAAUAAAAGUUGUAAUAAACAUCAGAAAGCCUCAGCAGUUUAUAUGAUGGAGCUCUUUACCAAUUAGGUCUGCAUUUUAAAAGUGCAGAAAUGCCCCAGGUAACAGGGGGGCUGUGUUUUCUGUAUAUUUAUAGAAAUGUGUGUAAUACAACCCCUGGCACAAAAAAAAUAAAUAAAAAUCUGGAAUGA